CAGUACUACUUCUCUGACAUCAAUCUAAACAGAGAUAAGUUUAUGAAGGAAUUGAUGACUAAAGACGACGGAUGGAUCACAUUUGAAAUGCUGUUGACAUUCAAGCGCUUGCAGUCCCUGUCGGAGGACAAGGCGGUGAUUGUGGCGGCGCUGCGAAAGUCUGAGACCAAUCUGUUGGUGAUCAGCGACGACGAGACGAAAGUCCGCCGAUCGCCAGACAAACCGUUGCCCGAAAUCACCGAAGAGUACACCAAAGAGCUGAACGAACGCACUCUCCAUCUGAAGGGCUUCCCUCUGGAGACCAAAUUGGAUGAGAUUAUGACGUUUUGUCGACAAUACGGUAUCGUUGAGAGCGUUGAGAUGCGCCGACACAUGAAGUCUAAGAUCUUUAAGGGCUGUAUAUUUGUGGUCUUCGCGGCCAAAGAGUCGGCCGAAAAGCUGUUGACCGCCGAUGAAGUCAAAUACAACGGCAAAGACUUGUUGCGCGAA